UUUAAAGAAAAGCUUAGUUUUUUGCCAAAGAACUGCCUGCCUAUCGUAAAACUAAUUGAAGACUGACCUUAACCACUGCCAAGGACCACGCUUUUGUUGGUUAAUAUUCAACUGCAAAAGCGCUUGGCGUGCCUCAGGAGCAAUUUGGAAAUGAGACUCCACUAGCAGCCCAGACACACGGACAUGGGUUCGGGUACAAGCCGAGGAAAAAGAGUCGCACCUGCUUGUGUCAGCGAGGUAAACGUGACCAAAACGGGGGCCGAUGUCGCUUCACCUCAAAAGGACAGCCGUCCGUUCAAGCCUCUUAAAAUUCACUCAGUUUUGCGCAAUGUGCGUAACCGUGCGCAACCUGACUGCCACAGCGAAGGGCAGGAGUCGGACUUUUCUGGGAACGAGGAGGAUAUUGAUGGAGAACUGGACACAGUUAUGGCAGAUUACACAGAAAGAGAGAGCGCUUCGGUAAAGAAGACCCCUCCGAAGAAGACGUUCAUCAGAUCCAAAACAUACGGACUGUGUCAUUUCAGCCAGGAGGACGCUGAAGACGACUUCAGCUCUGCUUCGAGGCUCCGAGCGUCAGGAAGAGACCAAGAGCCACGUGUCACACACAGUGUGUCAAGAGAUGUAAACAAGAAGGGCAACUCUGCCUUCGCGCACGUUAAAAAGCACACAUCUGGGUGCCCCACCGAGCACAAUUCCUCCUCACAGGGGUGUUUGACAACAGAGGCUUUGUCGGAAGACGUUCCCACAUCAGAACAACAACCGACGUUUGAUAGCUGCCAUGGCUCUUCUCUCACCACGCCAGUCAUCCUGUACGAUGGAUCAGAAGAGGAGCUGAUGGAUACCAUUGAAAGAGAGUUUAGUUGACCCUCCGAGCUAAGAAAGCUCUUCUUUUAGCAAGCUCCCAUGACAGGAAACCGUUUGUAUUCAAAGAAAGGGAACCAGGGUUUAUUCUGACAAAUUUCCUGCUAGCAGGAAAGGCUGCACAAUCUGUAUUUAUGCAGGGUUGCCAGGAAAGAAAAUAAUGAACACAGUCUGUGUUGAACUUAAAACAGCAUCACUCCCAGUCUGUGCAUUUAGCCAAGUCUUAUUUAACAAGAUGCAGCAGUAAUUGCAGAGUUAAAACACCAGCUUGAAUAUGUGCCAGGAAGCUCUCCUCACACUCACAAGGGUUGGGUUUCUGAAGCAGGUAGGGUGUUACUGUCCAGCUCGACUCCUACUGAGCACUCAUUUGUUACCUAUUACUAACAUGGUUUAACAUGUCUGUUUAAUGAGACAACACAGACCCUUUCUGCCAGUUCUGUAAAUGUCAGCAGGAGAGGUACAUGCUUGUGAUCUUUUAACAGUAAAGAUGAACAUGUUUCCACCAGCAGUUUUGUGUGAGCAUAAAGUGUUCAGGGCUUUAGUUUCUCAUGUAGCAAACCCUGCCAAGGUAUGAGCAGAGAAUGUUUACCUAACAUUUCCUUCCUGACCACAGCUCCUGCACUUUCUCCACCCUGCGAGAAUGUGGCAACAGAGAGACUUUUAGUUGGGCAAAGUCUCUGUUUCUGCUGACACAAUUCAGCCAUUGAAACACUUCAAAAUAAAAGCCUGCUGCCACUUAGUGGCAGAAUGCAGUUGUGUGCAUGAAUACAAACGUUAAAUUUUAUCAAACUUUUUAGAGAAAAUUUCCAAUAUGAAAAUUUGGAAGCAGAGUUUUACAUUUUUUGUGUGUUUGAAAUAAAAAACCA